UGUGAACAUACCUUCAAAUAGCGCAAAUGAGAUCAACCAUUUUCACUUAGUGCUGGCAGUUCCAUCCCAUCCUAAUGUCAAUAGUGACGUUGUCAAUAGCUUGUGUCAUAUGCCGGGAAGUGACAGCUCCACAUCAACAAAUCGCCGUUUCCAACUAGAAAAUCCCGGAAAAUGUUGGACUUGAGGUCCGUUAUUGGCGAUGAGGACAUCUCGUCGGCUGAGGGCAUCGAACGUGCUUGCGCCACCAUAACCCAAAAAGAGAAAGAAGUCAACGAACGACUCGAAGCAAUUCUCUCCAGACAAUGCCAAAUCGAAUCGAAAUUGAGUGGAAUCAGCCGUUCCAUGUCGACAUUACAUAGCGUGGAAAAUGACACUAAAAGCCUGGCCGACCGGAUCUCGCAAACGGCCGCCCUGGCGGAGAGUGUUAGUGCCAAGGUCCGUCGACUGGAUGAGGCCCGGAGUCGAGUGUCCGAGUGCCAGCAGAGAGUCCAUGACUUGAUAGACUUGCAGCUGUGCAGCCAAGGUGUAAUGACAGCCAUAAGGGAGGAGGAUUAUGAGAAAGGUGCCGCUCAUGUCAGCCGGUAUUUGUCGAUGGACCAAAAUCUACUCCAACGCACCGCGGACGAUGUGACUGGCUCCGUGACUUCUGUCUCGAAAGCUCUGCAAACCCUUGAGGAAGCCACGACUAAAAUGCGUGAAAUUAUCUCACAGAAGUUCGAUGAAGCCGUGCGAAAAGAUGACCUGGCCUCGGUGGAGCGAUUCUUCAAAAUUUUCCCAUUGCUUGGCAUGCACAAGGACGGUAUUGCGAAGUUCUCUUCGUAUAUUUGCCAGAAGCUGGAAGUCAAGGCGCAGAAGGAACUCCGAACCUCUAUGGACGUCGCUAAGGCGGAGAAGCGAAUGGCCGUUGCGUUCGCGGACACCUUGACCAGCCUCCUGGAGAACUUUGCUCGAGUUUUCAAAGUGAACCAGCCAAUUAUCGAGUCCUGCUACGGAACCGGGUACUUGCUGAACAUGUACGAGAUCCUGCAAGUGGAGUGCGACAAGGAAGUGAGAAAUUUGAUCCUUGAAUUCAAUAAGAAUCGCCAAAUUGCCAAGCGAGUGGCUCAGAUCAAUGAGUACAUGAAAUCGGACGGAGGAGUGACUUUGGGGCACUUCAGGAAACCUUCCGGGGGUUCGGUGGACAAAUUGAAUCCGAAGGACAUUGACUCGCUUAUUGGGGAGAUCACGAUUAUGCAUUCCAGGGCCGAGUUGUAUUUUAGGUUCAUGAAGAGGCGAGUUGUGGCUGAUUUGGAAGGGAGCUCGCUGGAAGAUGAGGACAAGAAAGCAAAGCUGAGUCGUUCCGAGAAUAUCAUCACAAAAUGCGAUCUGAGUCGGCAAAUGCAGGAAUUGCUGGGAACAUAUUUACUUUUGGAAAGAUAUUUCAUGGAGGAGAGCGUCCUGAAAGCCAUCGCCCUGGAUACUUUCGAGCAAGGCCAGCAAUGCUCCAGCAUGGUCGACGACGUCUUCUUCAUCAUCCGCAAAUCAAUUCGCCGCUCCACAUCCACCCAAUCCAUGAACGGCAUCUGCGCCGUGAUAAACAACGCGGCCUCCUGUUUCGAAGGUGACUUUAUCAAUGCCCUUAAGGGUCCCCUGAAAAACGGCUACCCGUCCGGCUACAUCGACCUGGCGCAAGCCUACAACGCGAUUCAAAGUUCCAUCCAACAAGGCAAAUUGCAAACAAGCGAUGCCGAGCAGGCACGAACGAAUUUCAUCGUGCAACUGAAUAAUGCCGACAUGUCGACGGAGUUCAUUGAAACACUCUGGGCGACCAUGAGUGAGGAAAUUCGUGGAGCUUUCGCGAAUAUGACACAGCGUGAGAGUGAGAUUUUGGAGAGUUGCAUGUCUGGACUGAAGGGAGUGAAGGAUUCCUUGAAGGCGGUCGUGGAUUUCGGGAUGCAGCAGUUGAAGUCGAGUGCGAUUAAGCCCCGACUCAAUCCAUGGGUGGAUCAGUUUUUGACGUACAACCACCGAUUGACAGAGGAGGAGCUGGCAGCUUAUGAAGCAGGUGAAACAUUCGCCCAGUUCCUCAUAGUCCAAAUCGAUGGCCUUUUGAACUCGUUCAAGUCCGUACUCAGCCCGAGGAACUACGAUGCUCUGGUCAGCAUCCUCGCAACGGAAGUCACUUCACGAUUGGAACGAGCAAUCAAGAAAUCAACUUUCAAUAGACUGGGCGGACUCGUACUUGAUCAAGAAGUACGCGCUUUAGGAACAUACUUGACGGGAGCAACUUCAUGGUCAGUUCGCGAUAAAAUGGCUCGAUUGACGCAGAUAGCCACGCUCUUGAAUUUAGAAAAGGUCUCGGAGUUGUCUGAGUAUUGGAACCCGAACGAGAAUAAUGAUAUGCCUGCGUGGCGAAUUACACCCAAUGAGGUCCGAUCGAUCUUGAUAUUGCGGGAGGAUUUCCGCAUCGAGGAUAUAAAGAGAGUUAAAAUAUAGUCGCACGCCUACUUUAAUCAAUUUGUUAUGUUAUUCGUCCUAAUAAUAAAAUAUGUUAAACAUUUCA